AUGAACGCUGCUAAAGGACUAGAAGUAUCCCCGAAUGUGGAGGCCGAGAAGCAGGAGGCAGAUUAUACAGAAGCUCUCAAUGCUCAAGCACAGCUCGAUGUGUUGAAGGAAACAUACGGAGCAACCUGGGACAGCCCCGACGAUCCCCAAAACCCCUACAACUGGACCUUGACCCGCAAAGUCUCCAUCGCAAUGGUCGUAUCCUGCGCCCAAUUGGCCGGACUUAUGUCCGCCAGUAUGAUGGCCGUGGCCCUAAGCCAAAUCGCCGAAGACCUCAGAAUGAGCGAGCUGGCAACCCAGAUCGCCUUCUCUGUGUACCUGCUAGGGCUCGGGUUUGGUCCGUUUCUUGUCGGCGCUUUGUCGGAGAUGUACGGUCGCAAGCCGGUCUGGAUGGCUUGUAAUGUGUGGUAUAUCUUGUGGAAUAGCCUCUGUCCGGUGGGGGAUUCUCCUGGGCUGAUGAUGGUCGGGCGGUUUCUGGCUGCGAUUGGAGGCUGUGUGGGCAUCGCUCUCACAGCCCCCAUCAUGGCCGACAUGUUUCACGCCAAAGACCGCGGGAAAUCGCUAGCCCUAGCCACCCUGAUCCCCUUCCUGGGUCCGGCAUUAGGUCCCAUUAUCGGCGGCCUCGCAGCACAGAACCUCCACUGGCACUGGCUCUUCUGGAUCCUGUCCAUCUUCGACGUCGCCGUAUUGCUCCUAGGCACCGUCGUGAUUCAAGAAUGCUACACGCCUGUUCUGCUCCACCGCAAAGCACGCACCCAGACCCCCAACCUGCAGCACCACAAUACAGAUAGUCUCUGCGCUCAACUAGGCAAGAACCUCUACAGGCCUCUCCAUCUCAUGGUCCACCGUCCCAUCAUUCAACUCCUGUCCCUCAUAUACGCCCUCGACUUCGGCAUCUACAUCCUCAUGCUCUCCACAUACGCCACCCUCUGGAUGAACCGAUACGGCCAGUCCUCAACAAUCAGCAGCCUCAACUACAUCUCCAUCGCCGUCGGCACGACCCUCUCAGCCCAACUCGGCGGCCACCUCAUGGACUUUAUCUACCGGCGGAUGCGCGACCGAGCCGGUCCAGCAUCCCCGCCCACACCCGAGUUCCGUGUCCCCUACCUCAUCCCCAGCGUGGUGCUCAUCCCCGUCGGCCUGUUCUGGUACGGCUGGUCAGCUGAGAAGCACGCGCCCUGGAUCGUGGUGGACAUCGGCGCUGCCAUCUUCACCUGGGGCAGCUUCAUGAUCGGUCAAGGUUGUUUGGCUUAUUUGCUUGAUGAAUUUACGCAUACGGCGUCGGCGAGUGCUGCUAUGCGUGUGCUCUCCUAUAUGCUGGGGUUUGCGUUUCCGAUUUUUGCGCCGCAGCUGUAUGAGAGACUUGGGUAUGGGUGGGGGAAUAGCUUGUUGGCGUUCUUGUGCAUGGGGUUGGCAAUUCCCGCGCCGUUGGUUUUGUGGGUGUGGGGGGCUAGGUUGAGGGCGAUAGGGAGGGAGAGAGCGCCUUGA